AUAAUCCAGGCUGGCCUUACAUUCUUGAUGCUCCUGCCUCGGUCUUACCAAAAGACUUAGGCUCUCAUUUUCUCCCAUUCUUUAAUGCAGUGUGAGCUUCACCAUACCCAGAGCACACAUCUGAUUAACCCUCCUUUAGAAGGUAAGAUGCCAGACACUCACUUGUCCAUCUCCCACACGCCCUAGCAUUAGGCACGCAUCACCUUGGUGAGCCCUUCAGAUCGGAACUAGUUAAACAAGUUGAGCAUCACACAGGACUGAAUGGAUGGCAAGGCCCCCAGAGGCCAGCUUCAUCUCCAGUUUCUCCUCUGUGUUGGGGUUUCAUCCCUCCACCAGGGCCUUCUGCCAUAGCUUGGAGACAAGGAAGGCUUCCUCAGAGAAAUCUUUCACAGAUAAACACAUUAAAACCAUGUACAAAAUCCUGGGGGACUGUGCGUUAUACCUAUAUGUUCUUCAUUUAUGGUUGAUAUUUUAGGAGCAAGUCAGUAAUGGUAUGGUAGUUUGGAGUCCGGGGUCUGGAGCCCGGAAGGUCUGGUUUUACCUGCUGACUUUUUUCCUUGUCUUAAAUGCAGGUAAUACUGAGCUGGAGAGUGUGUAUGUGUACCGUUCUUCCAGAGGACCCAAGUUCGAUUCCCAUGCAUGUUAGGAGGCUCACAGCCACCCAUAACUCCAGUUCCUGGAGAUCUGACACCCUAUUGUGUCCUCUUUGAACACCUAAACUCAUGUGCACAUUCCCACACAUACAUUUAAUUAGGAAUAAAAUCUUUCAAAAUGUAAGUAGUAAGAAAAUGUGAGUAUCUCAUGAUGCCCCAGUGAGAGCUACGUGAGAACUCAAGGAGCGCCUGGCGUAGCAGUGUUAGUGUUAGUGGUGGCAGCUCUCCAGGGUCCUGGGUUGGAGCUGACUUAUGGGAUUGCUUUGCAAAAAGAGCCUUGAUUGUCUCUUAAAUAUUGACUCAUGACUUGAGAGCUCGUUUGGAGGUUCCAGCAGGGGAACACAGUCGUUUCAUUAUACUCAUCACUGAAGAAUGGUUCUCCGUCAGGGAGGGUCAUCCUCUUCAACUGAGGGGCCCACGUGGAGUACUGAGAGAGGGAGGGACACCUGCCUAACCAGCCAGAUCAGCCAGAUGGCACAGCAAGGGACGCGGUGCUGUGUAUUUGUAGGCGUCAGGAGCAGGCCUCACAGAGGAGCUGCUUGUCUGUGAGCAGUGGUGAGUGGGCAGAGGAAACCACAUGCCCAGGGGCAUGGAGGCAUUGGGGAUGGGUAUUUGGGGGCCAGAUGUACUUACUUUAUUAAGCAGAGGAGAAGGUGACGUCAGGAGGGACAGGUAGGCAGAGUCCAGUUACGGUCCUUGAAUGCCAUGCCAAAGAGCUGAGACUUGUGUCCCCAAAGCCUGGGAAUAUGUCACAGCACCUGGAGUAGAAGAACACUGUGGUAAGGGAGCCGGCAGGACAGAAAUCUGAUGAGGGCUGCCAUGGGCUUUAGAAAUUGGACUCUGGCUUUCCUCCUUGGCUUUUGUCUCCUCCUAACAUGAUGAAAGUGGUGCAUGCUAGACAAGUGUAAUAUGACCACCUGAGAGCUCUGAUGGUCAAGGUGACAUUGGUGCCAGGCCCUGGCUUAGAAAGCAGCACAGAAAGUAGCUAGUCUGGUGAGGAUGGCAACUUUCCCUCAUUUAGGAGGUGCUGGCGCUCAGCUGUGCAUUGAGAACCUUCUGCCCUCCGCCCAGUCUUCUUUCUUGAGUCAAUUGUUUUACAUUGUCUACACAUUUGAGGACUUGAGGUAGGAAAGCCAUUCACCAGAGAAUGGUUAAGACAUGGUCCCCGUCCUCAAGAUCCAUCUGUGUAGUUGCUGGAACACCUGUCUAAAAACCCCUUUGCACAAGGGUAGGGAGUUGCAAAUGCUGUAAGGAAGGCCAAUGCUUGGGUGGUCUCUGAGCAGAGCUGAAAGGAUCUUGCCAAGAGAAAACAUGCUGAUCGGUUGCUGUCUUGGCUGAGAGUGACCAUAGAGCUAGAACUGUGUGUGAACCCCGGGAGAUGAGCCCUUGGGUCACCUGCACUGGGAUAGAGCUGAUGUGGGGAGCCUGUGAGUGGGGGAGGGGCUUAAAGGGAUCAGAGCUGGAAGGAAUCCUGUCAGUUCUGGAAAGGCACUCCGAGAUUUUGAUGUGAAAGUGGCACUGUAAGAGCUAUGGUUUCUUUGGGAGCUUAAAUGUGUGGGUACUGUGCUGGACUUGAGGUAGGAAAGCUAUGGGGGGGAGGUGCAAGGGGAAGACACAGACUAGGUUCACUGAGACCAGGUGUCGAAUAGACUAAGGGCCAGAAUCAGGCAGCAAAAGAAGGACACCAGAAAGAACUGGACUCGGCAGGGCUGGGGUGGUAAGAGGGGUAUGCCGAGGUGACCAGAAGCAAAGUUUUGUCUUUAUCAGAAUGGGAACGGCAAGAAGGACAGCAGUUUACCCCGAGGUUGCUCUGCGGCCUCCCACCUCGGAAGUAUCUGCUUUCUAUUUACCUUGUUUUUCUUCCUCCCCUUCCUUCCUCCCCUCUUCCCUCUUUUCUUUUUGUUUGAGGGGAGCAUCACACUUAGGAUCCUCCUGCCUCAUCCUCACAAGUGCUGGAAUUUCCAAACCCACCUUACGGGGCUACAGGGAAUAUCUGGUGCUAUAUUGGUGCUGACAAUUCGUGGGCCACUAUUUGAAAUAUGGGACUGAGUACGGGCUGAGUGAAGCUGACAUGGAGGCCUCCUAUGCCACAGUGAAGAGCAUGGCGGAGCAGAUAGAGGCUGAUGUCAUCCUCUUGCGUGAGCGUCAAGAAGCUGGUGGCCGCGUGCGCGAUUACCUAGUCAGGAAACGAGUCGGAGACAGUGACUUCCUGGAGGUCAGGGUGGCAGUGGUGGGCAAUGUGGACGCUGGCAAAAGCACGCUCCUAGGAGUCCUGACGCAUGGAGAGUUGGACAAUGGCCGUGGCUUUGCCCGCCAAAAACUCUUCCGCCAUAAACAUGAGAUCGAAUCUGGUCGAACCAGCAGCGUGGGCAAUGACAUUCUGGGCUUUGACAGCGAAGGCAAUGUAGUGAACAAGCCUGACAGCCAUGGCGGCAGCUUGGAAUGGACAAAGAUCUGUGAGAAGUCCACUAAGGUGAUCACCUUCAUCGACUUGGCUGGCCAUGAGAAGUACCUGAAGACCACUGUUUUUGGCAUGACUGGCCAUUUGCCUGACUUCUGCAUGCUCAUGGUGGGCAGCAAUGCCGGCAUCGUGGGGAUGACCAAGGAGCACCUGGGCCUGGCAUUGGCUCUCAAUGUACCUGUCUUUGUGGUUGUCACCAAGAUUGACAUGUGUCCUGCCAACAUCCUUCAAGAAACCCUGAAGCUGCUACAGCGCCUGCUGAAGUCACCAGGCUGCCGGAAGAUCCCUGUCUUGGUGCAGAGCAAAGACGAUGUGAUUGUCACAGCCUCCAAUUUCAGCUCCGAGAGGAUGUGCCCGAUAUUCCAGAUCUCCAAUGUCACAGGUGAGAACCUCGAUCUGCUCAAGAUGUUCCUCAACCUCCUGUCGCCCCGCACCAGCUACAGGGAGGAAGAGCCUGCUGAGUUCCAGAUAGAUGACACCUACUCUGUCCCCGGUGUGGGGACAGUGGUGUCCGGGACCACACUGAGGGGCCUGAUCAAGCUGAAUGACACACUGCUGCUGGGCCCAGACCCCUUGGGUAACUUCCUGUCCAUUGCUGUUAAGUCGAUCCAUCGCAAGCGCAUGCCUGUAAAGGAGGUGCGGGGAGGCCAGACAGCUUCCUUUGCACUGAAGAAGAUAAAGCGCUCAUCCAUCCGGAAAGGCAUGGUGAUGGUUUCCCCACGCCUGAACCCUCAGGCCUCCUGGGAAUUUGAGGCUGAGAUUCUCGUCCUCCACCACCCCACCACAAUUAGUCCACGCUACCAAGCCAUGGUACACUGUGGGAGCAUCCGGCAGACAGCUACCAUUCUGAGCAUGGAUAAAGACUGUCUGCGCACAGGAGACAAGGCCACUGUCCACUUCCGCUUCAUCAAGACCCCUGAGUACCUACACAUAGAUCAGCGGCUGGUGUUCCGGGAAGGUCGCACCAAGGCUGUUGGCACCAUCACCAAGCUCCUCCAAACAACCAACAACUCCCCCAUGAACUCCAAGCCCCAGCAGAUUAAAAUGCAGUCCACGAAAAAGGGUCCCCUGAGCAAACGAGAAGAAGGAGGUCCAUCUGGUGUGCCCUCGGCAGGAGGCCCCCCAACCGGGGAUGAAGCGUCCUCGCUAGGGUCCGCACAGGCUGCCACAUCGGGUGGUCUCCAGCCACAGCCCAAGCCCAGCAGUGGGGGCCGGCGACGAGGGGGCCAGCGCCACAAGGUGAAGUCCCAGGGGGCCUGUGUGACUCCUGCCAGCGGCUGCUGAAUGUCCCCCUGGUCCACUUGACCACCCAUGGGAUCCUCACUGCUCACCGGCUGGGCAGAGCAUCUUUGACCGACACCCGCCCACUCCAGCCCACAGCUAGAGCAUCCUUGUUGCCACACCCCUUUUUCCAAGGGGGAUUGUAAUUUAUAAGACGAGGAGGGACUAGAUACCCAAGGACUGACCGCCCCCCACCUGCCUUCUUCCUCACAUCUUUCAUACAUCUGGGCCCUUAAUUUCUAUCUUUUUAUUAUAUAUCUCUGUCUGUGUGAGUGUGAGUGUGUGUGCGUGCGUGCAGGAGUGCAGCUGACCCUGUCAGUCUCCAUUCAGUCCUGGCUGGCCACCAGCCUCCAAGAGCUGACUGCCUGUCUUUCCAUUCAUCUCUUAUCUGUCUCGAUGAGAUCCUCAGAACCUUUAGGGAACUUCAGGAGCCCAAGGCACCUGUCUUCCCUGGCCAGUUGCCCCUCUUAGCUAGAAGCCCCUCUUUGGGGCUGACCUCUGGGCUUAGCAGCUUCUGCCAGAGCAGGGAUCCCUCAGUCUAUGACUUGGGGAGUUUAACAGAAGGUGGUGGUCUCCCCUAACUUUUUCCCUCCCAAGCUCCCAAGCAGGGAACGCCAAAAGCUCUUGAGUGGCACCUGUGAUGUGCGGAGGGCGUGGUGACUGCAUUGUAGGACUGCCCACCCUGACUCUGUACCUGAACCACGGAUCCAAAGACCUGGGUGGGCUUACCCUUGGAGACAAUCCCGGGCUUGCCUGGCUGGCCCUGGCUGCUCUGGCUUCUGUACCCGCUGGAGGUUCUUCCUGUUUCCACUCAGUUCUCUAAGCCUCAGCCUGGCAUAUAGACUGGGUCUGAGUCUUCCUGGGAUUGGGUUCUGGAGUACCUUCUUUGGGUGGGAGAGGGGAGGUACUCCUCCGAGCUGAGCCAGGACUAGAAAUCCUCCUUCCCCAUGCCACCCCAACACCGCUGCUACAGCCAUGGCACCCCAGCAGUGAAGGGCCUGAGCCCAGAUGCCCCAGUUGGAGUGUGCAGGCUCUUCUAGGCUGUCAGAAGCCCUGCCGCUGGGGUAGGGUGGGCGGGCCAGACCAGUGUAGACAGAGCUCUGCAGCACGACUUCAGGCUGGGGUGCUCCCUCUCAGCCAGGACAGACACCCAGCUGGCUGGGUCCCUCUUCAGCCCCACCUCCCUUCCCAAGCUCUCUCUCUUGCCCUCUGCUCCUGACUGCUCUUACCCACCCCACCCCCUUCCUUCCAGCUGUUUCUAGUUACCACUGCCCUGUGGCCAUGGACUGAUCAGACCAGCAUUCACAAUAAAAGUUUGUUCUGA